ACACUCGAUUUCCGGCGGCAUUUUGAGUCGGGCCUCCUAGCGGCCUGGUAGUGUUUUCGUUGCUUUUUCUUGCUCUCCAGUCUCUCUUCGUUCUUUUUCGUUCUACAUCUCAGUUUCACUUGACCCUACCGAAGCGGUGGGUGGGCUCUGCUUCUCAGCUGCCCCAGGGGCCCCUCGCUAGCGAAGAGCCGGUUCCCGGGAGCCGCGCGCGCACCUACUUCUCGUCGUCGUCUUCCCGGGGCUAGGCGCGGGGACAGAGAGUCGCCUCCCCCGCUCCUCGGAGCGGUGGCGGCGGUAGCGCCUCCGGACUGUGCUUGCGACAGGAGCUUGGGAAGGAGUAGUACAAAAUGUCAAAAAUUAGAAGGAAGGUCACAGUGGAAAAUACCAAGACCAUAUCUGAUAGCACAUCCCGAAGACCCAGUGUGUUUGAGAGGCUUGGACCCAGCACUGGCAGUACAGCAGAGACACAGUGCCGUAACUGGCUGAAGACUGGCAACUGCCUCUAUGGAAACACAUGUAGAUUCGUACAUGGCCCUUCACCCCGUGGUAAAGGUUAUAGCAGCAAUUAUAGAAGGUCACCAGAGAGGCCUACAGGGGAUCUUAGAGAAAGAAUGAAGAACAAGCGCCAAGAUGUGGACACUGAGUCCCAGAAACGAAAUACAGAGGACUCAUCCUCACCUGUUAGGAAAGAAUCUUCAAGAGGGAGACAUAGGGAAAAGGAAGACAUAAAAAUCACUAAGGAGAGAACCCCAGAAAGUGAAGAAGAAAAUGUAGAAUGGGAAACUAACAGAGAUGAUUCUGACAAUGGAGAUAUUAAUUAUGAUUAUGUUCAUGAGUUGUCAUUGGAAAUGAAGCGUCAGAAGAUACAGAGGGAAUUAAUGAAGCUGGAACAAGAAAACAUGGACAAGAGAGAAGAAAUUAUUAUUAAAAAAGAGGUUUCACCAGAAGUAAUUAGAUCAAAAUUAUCUCCAUCACCUUCUCUAAGAAAAUCAAGCAAAUCUCCAAAGCGAAAAUCAAGCCCUAAGUCAUCAUCUUCAGCAAGCAAGAAAGACAGGAAGACAGCUGCAGUAUCCUCACCCUUAUUGGACCAGCAGAGGAAUUCAAAAGGCAACCAGAGUAAAAAGAAAGGACCCCGAACUCCUAGUCCACCUCCUCCUAUACAGGAAGAUAUUGUUCUGGGGAAAAAAUAUAAAGAAAAGUAUAAAGUAAAAGACAGAAUAGAAGAAAAACCAAGAGAUGGAAAAGACAGAGGACGAGAUUUUGAAAGACAAAGAGAAAAAAGAGACAAGCCAAGAUCUACUUCCCCAGUAGGACAGCAUCACUCUCCUAUAUCUUCUAGACAUCACUCAUCUUCCUCACAAUCAGGAUCAUCUAUUCAAAGACAUUCUCCUUCUCCUCGUCGAAAAAGAUCUCCUUCACCAUCUUAUCAGAGGACAAUAACUCCACCUUUACGACGCUCUGCGUCUCCUUAUCCUUCACAUUCUCUGUCUUCUCCUCAGAGAAAGCAGAGUCCCCCAAGACAUCGCUCUCCGAUGCGAGAGAAAGGGAGGCAUGACCAUGAACGAACUUCACAGUCUCAUGAUCGGCGUCAUGAAAGAAGAGAAGAGACAAGAAGCAAAAGGGAUAGAGAAAAGGACACAAGAGAAGAACGAGAGUAUGAACAAGAUCAGAGCUCUUCUAGAGACCACAGAGAUGACAGAGAACCUCGAGAUGGUCGGGAUCGAAGAGAUGCCAGAGAUACUAGAGACCGACGGGAACUAAGGGACUCCAGAGACAUUCGGGACUCCAGGGAGAUGAGAGAUUAUAGCAGAGAUAACAAAGAGAGCCGUGACCCCAGAGAUUCUCGGUCUGCUCGUGAUACCCAUGACUACAGGGACCGUGAAAGUCGAGAUACUCAUCGAAAGGAGGAUGCCUAUCAAGAAGAAUCCCGAAGUUAUGGCAGAAACCAUUUGAGAGAAGAAAGUUCUCGUACUGAAAUAAGGAAUGAUGCAAGAAAUGAGUCUCGAAGUGAAAUUAGGAAUGACCGGAUGGGCAGAAGUAGGGGGAGAGGUCCAGAAUUACCUGAAAAGGGAAGUCGAGGCACAAGAGGUUCUCAAAUUGAUAGUCACAGUAGUAGUAGCAACUAUCAUGACAGCUGGGAAACUCGGAGUAGCUAUCCUGAAAGAGACAGAUAUCCUGAAAGAGACAACAGAGACCAAGCAAGGGAUUCUUCCUUUGAGAGAAGACAUGGAGAGAGAGACCGUCGCGACAACAGAGAGAGAGAUCAAAGACCAAGCUCACCAAUUCGACAUCAGGGAAGGAAUGACGAGCUUGAGCGUGAUGAAAGAAGAGAGGAACGAAGAGUAGACAGAGUGGAGGAUAGAAGAGAUGAAAGGGCCAGAGAAAGAGAGAGGGAGCGAGAGCGAGACAGAGAGCGGGAGAGGGAGAGGGAGCGUGAGCGGGAUCGGGAAAGAGAGAAGGAGAGAGAGCUGGAAAGAGAGCGUGCUAGGGAGCGGGAGAGAGAAAGAGAAAGAGAAAAGGAGAGGGACCGUGAAAGAGAGCGAGAUCGUGACCAUGAUCGAGACAGGGAGAGAGAGAGGGAGCGAGAUAGGGAAAAAGAGCGGGAGCGAGAGAGAGAAGAACGGGAGAGAGAGAGAGAGCGAGAGCGGGAGAGGGAACGAGAGCGAGAGCGGGAACGAGAGAGAGCAAGAGAAAGGGAUAAAGAACGAGAGCGUCAGAGGGAUUGGGAAGACAAAGAUAAAGGACGAGAUGACCGCCGAGAAAAGCGAGAAGAUACCAGAGAAGACAGAAAUCCCAGAGAUGGACACGAAGAGAGAAAGUCAAAGAAACGUUAUAGAAAUGAAGGAAGUCCUAGCCCUCGUCAGUCACCUAAGCGCCGGCGAGAGCAUUCUCCUGACAGUGAUGCGUACAACAGCGGAGAUGAUAAAAAUGAAAAACAUAGACUCUUGAGCCAGGUUGUACGACCUCAAGAGUCUCGUUCUCUCAGUCCAUCACACCUUACAGAAGACAGGCAGGGUAGAUGGAAAGAGGAAGAUCGUAAACUAGAAAGAAAAGAGAGUUCAAGGCGCUAUGAAGAGCAAGAGCUCAAAGAGAAAGUUUCUUCUGUAGAUAAGCAAAGAGAACAGACAGAAAUUAUGGAAAGUUCAAGAACUCGUGCACAAGACAUGAUGGGACACCACCUGUCUGAUGAUCGAGACAUACCUGAUCGAGCUCAUGAUGAGAAUAAGAAAAAAGCAAAAAUUCAAAAGAAACCUAUUAAGAAAAAGAAAGAGGAUGAUGUUGGGAUAGAGAGGGGUAACACAGAGACAGCAUCUGAAGAUGGUCAGGUAUUUUCACCAAAAAAAGGACAGAAGAAGAAAAGUAUUGAAAAAAAACGUAAAAAAUCCAAAGGCGAUUCUGAUAUUUCUGAUGAAGAAGCAGUACUGCAGAAUAAGAAGAAGAGAGGCCCACGGACUCCCCCUAUAACAACCAGAGAGGAACUGGUUGAAAUUUCCAAUGGUAAGGAUGGCAGUCUAGAGGAUUCUCAGAAAAAAGAAGAUACGGCAUUCAGUGACUGGUCUGAUGAGGAUGUACCUGACCGUGCUGAGGGGGCAGAACCGGAGCAUGCUGCCAGGGCUCCUACUCCUGGAAGGACGCCUUCUCCGUCUUCUCUUCCUCCUCCUCCUCCUCCUGUAGCCACUGCUGCCAGUACCACUGCUCCUGCUACUCUCUCCGCAUCUGCUGCCACCACCUUCAGCGCAUCCGCCACCACCAUUGCCGCCUCUGCCACACCCAGUACCGCCAACGAAGACUCACAUAGAAAAUGCCAUAGAACACGAGCGGAAAAAGUAGAGGCACCUCACGUCACUAUAGAAGAUGCGCCACAUCGCAAGCCAGUGGAUCAGAAGAGGAGUAGCAGCCUUGGGAGCAAUCGGAGUAAUCGUAGUCAUACGUCUAGUCGUCUCCGUUCCCCAUCCAAUGAUUCUGCCCAUCGAAGUGGAGAUGACCAGAGUGGUCGAAAGAGAGUACUGCAUAGUGGCUCAAGAGAUAGAGAGAAAACAAAAAGUCUGGAAAUCACAGGAGAGAGAAAAUCUAGGAUUGAUCAGUUAAAGCGUGGAGAACCCAGUCGAAGUACUUCUUCAGAUCGCCAGGACUCAAGGAGCCAUAGUUCAAGAAGAAGUUCUCCUGAAUCAGAUCGACAGGUCCAUUCAAGAUCCGGGUCGUUUGAUAGCAGAGAUAGGCUUCAAGAACGUGAUCGGUAUGAGCAUGAUAGAGAGCGGGAAAGAGAGAGGAGAGAUACAAGACAGAGAGAAUGGGACCGAGAUGCUGAUAAAGAUUGGCCACGGAACAGGGAUCGAGAUAGAUUGCGGGAACGAGAGAGAGAACGAGACAAAAGGAGAGAUUUGGACAGGGAAAGAGAGAGACUAAUUCCUGAUUCUGUGGAAAGGGACAGGGACAGGGACAGAGACAGAACUUUUGAGAGUUCUUCCCAAAUAGAGUCUGUUAAACGCAGUGAAGUAAAACUGGAAAGUGAACAUGAAAGAGACCUAGAAGGCACUUCGCGAGAUUCUCUUGCUUCGGAUAAGGAAAAAAUGGAUAAAGAUCUAGGAUCUGUGCAGGGAUUUGAAGAUAUAAACAAAGCUGAGAGAACUGAGAGUGUGGAAGCAGGAGAUGACGAAUCCAAGUUAGAUGAUGCACAUUCAUUAGGAUCUGGUGCUGGAGAAGGAUAUGAGCCAAUCAGCGAUGAUGAGCUAGAUGAAAUUCUGGCAGGUGAUGCUGAAAAGAGGGAAGACCAACAGGAUGAGGAGAAGAUGCCAGAUCCAUUAGAUGUGAUAGAUGUGGAUUGGUCUGGUCUUAUGCCAAAGCAUCCAAAAGAACCACGAGAGCCUGGGGCUGCAUUGUUAAAAUUCACACCUGCAGCUGUUAUGCUAAGAGUUGGGAUUUCUAAGAAGUUGGCAGGUUCUGAACUCUUCAUCAAAGUCAAAGAAACAUGUCAGAGACUUUUAGAAAAACCCAAAGAUGCAGACAGUCUUUUUGAACAUGAAUUGGGGGCUCUCAACAUGGCUGCAUUACUACGAAAAGAAGAGCGAGCAAGUCUCCUUAGUAAUCUUGGACCAUGUUGUAAAGCGUUAUGCUUCAGACGGGAUUCAGCAAUCAGGAAGCAGCUUGUUAAAAAUGAGAAGGGCACUGUAAAACAAGCAUACACGGGCGCUCCAGUGGUAGACAGUGACUUGCUGCGAUUGAGCCUUCGGCUGUUUAAAAAGAAGACCACCUGUCUUGCCCCAGGACAGGAGAAGGCGGAGGAUAAUAAACUCCCACAGUCCAACGUCCAGCAGGAACUGUGUGUGUCUUAAGACCGAAUUCCAGUGACAUUUUUGGUACUGUGUUCCUUCAGGAUUGCCUCUUUUUUCAGAGUUCUUUGGUUUCACAGACAUCAUUCAGGACAAAGGCAGAAAAGAUUUAUCAGCCACGGUAAAAGGGGGAAGAACAGCUUUGAUCUAAAGUUUAAAGACACUAGUUUUGGCUAACUUAAGAUUUUACAUAAAUUUUUACACAGUACUUGAUACUCAUGCAAAAUAAUGUGAAAACAUCUAGAUUUAGCAGUUAUUCUCUACCUUUUGUUAAAACUGAAGAUUUUGGAAAACGGUUGCCACUGUUCUUGCAGCCUCUGAAUAUUUUUUAUGAAAUGGACCUGCUGACUUGUGUUUUGGAUCAUCCUUACAGAAACCGAUUUUAUUCAGAAUCAGUGUGUUCACAUAAUGAAUGCACACUCUGCUAUUUUGUGCCGUACAGAACUCUUGAAAGAGGAUGCUGGUCGCGCAUGCUGGGUUUGUGGGCAGACCUCCAGCAGGAGGGAGCUGAAGUACUUUUUUCCUUUCUAAAGUUCUUAAAAAAAAA